UCCCGCCAUCUGCAACUUACAUGCGGAAGGAGGUACUCAAAGGGUUACCGUAUUUUUCCCUUCCUUCCUAUCUGGUGGAUAAGUUACGAAAAGCCGGACGAGAUUUCAGUAUAACUCUGCCGUGUUUUAGACAUUUCCUCCUUGUUAUAUGCUCCCAAGGUAUUAUGUCUCUGGGCAGCAGACUGACGCAGACAGCCAUCAUGUCUAACGGAGAGAGCACGCCUGUCCCCGGAAAUCUUGUGGCAGAGCCGAACAAAGUGACUGUGGUGUUGGGCGCUCAGUGGGGCGAUGAAGGGAAGGGCAAAGUGGUGGAUCUGUUGGCACAGGACGCAGACAUCGUAUGCCGCUGUCAGGGAGGAAACAAUGCAGGCCACACUGUUGUGGUGGAUUCUGUUGAGUAUGAUUUUCAUCUUUUGCCAAGUGGAAUCAUAAACCCAAAAGUUACUGCCUUCAUAGGGAAUGGGGUUGUAAUUCAUCUACCUGGUUUGUUUGAAGAAGCUGAGAAAAAUCUGAAAAAAGGGCAAGGCUUGGCUGGCUGGGAGAACAGACUUACUAUCUCUGACCGAGCGCACAUUGUUUUUGACUUUCACCAAGCUGCCGAUGGAAUCCAAGAAGAGCAGAGGCAAAAACAAGCUGGAAAGAACUUGGGCACCACAAAGAAGGGGAUUGGACCAGUGUAUUCUUCAAAAGCUGCAAGAAGUGGCCUUAGAAUGUGUGAUCUUGUUUCAGAUUUUAGUGAAUUUUCCAAGAGAUUUGAAGUUCUGGCUAAGCAGUAUAAAUCGAUGUACCCUUCACUUGACGUCAACAUUGAAGGAGAACUUAACAAGCUUAAGGACUAUGCUCAGAAAGUAAGACCAAUGGUGAAGGAUGGUAUUUACUUUAUACAUGAAGCUCUUCAUGGCACUCCAAAGAAAAUUUUGGUGGAAGGUGCAAAUGCAGCUCUCCUGGAUAUUGACUUUGGCACCUAUCCGUUUGUGACCUCUUCAAAUUGCACAGUUGGAGGAGUUUGUACAGGCCUUGGCAUUCCACCUCAAAGCAUUGGGGAUGUUUAUGGAGUGGUCAAAGCAUACACUACUCGAGUUGGUAUUGGUGCCUUUCCAACUGAGCAAAAUAAUGAUAUUGGAGAUAUUCUACAAACUCGAGGACAUGAGUUUGGAGUUACUACUGGAAGGAAGAGAAGAUGUGGAUGGUUGGAUCUGGUUUUGCUCAGAUUUGCCCAUAUGAUCAAUGGAUUUACAGCGUUGGCACUUACAAAACUUGAUAUUUUGGAUGUCUUUUCAGAAAUUAAAGUAGGUGUUUCCUACAAAUUAGAAGGUGUAACGAUACCUCACUUUCCAGCAAAUCAAGAAGUUUUAAAUAGAGUUGAGGUUGAAUAUGAAACACUCCCUGGAUGGAAAAGUGACACUUCUAAUGCCAGAACAUUUGAAGACCUGCCUGAGAAUGCAAAGAAAUAUGUUAAUUUCAUAGAAGAAUCACUUGGCAUUCCAAUUAAAUGGAUUGGAGUUGGAAAAUCUAGAGAAUCAAUGAUUCAGUGUUUCUGAAAAAUGCACGAUUCUCCUACUUGAACUUCAUUUUACAAUCGUAGAUUUUGACUUGAACAAUGGAGAUCUAAGGGAAUGGGUAUUGGUGGGGAAAGAAAGCAACUACUUUUUCUGGAGCUGUGUGAUUGGGAUAUUAAAUAUUAUUGUACUUGUCUUAAGAACAA